GAUAGUGAGGAAAGCCAGCCUCCUCUGAGGUGUGGCAUUGGAUUAUGCAAGUCAGAAACGCUGAUAUAAACCCUAUCAUUUACCUGAGUAAGUCAGACAUAGCUGUUUCAGUUUUUUAAGCUUGAUUUACCACCAUCGUUUUGAGAUGGCAAUGUGGGGCAAUGAAGACGUGGAAUUAAUGGACACAUCAGACCAACCAUGGUGUUGGUAUUUCCUGGCAGACUGUGGCAGGUGGCACAGAUUUGAGGACGACCCAGACAGCUCCCUUAAAAGUGAGGAUAUUGAGAAAUACUACCUCAGAAACUCAAAAGCGAUUUUGUCUAUAUCUUCAUCCACUAGUCAGAGCAAAUUCGAUUUCUCAGCAAUGUUACAGACAGACCUCAACACAGGGAGGCAAAGACGGAUCAAACGUGGCUAUAACAUGGAGAGAAGUUGCUCUUGCUUCACAACUGAACUAGAUUUCUGGGAAAAGGUUGAUCCCAGUUAUCCAUAUCAGUUAAUCCCUCUGAGUGAACUUACUCCUGAGUAUAAGACUGUGGCUGGUUAUGUGAAGAAUGACGGGAAGCUGGACAAAUCCUUAGUAUCCAUCUACAGGAUACAGAAUUUGGACCUUUGGGAAAUGUAUUGUAGGAAAAAGAAACAGUUGAUGAGACUCCACGGUGUCAAAGAAAUCAAAGAGAGACGACUCUUUCAUGGGACUGAAAUCAAAAAUGUUGACACAAUUUGCAAAUAUAACUUUGAUUUAGGAUUUGCUGGUCAAAAUGGCCACGUAUACGGCAAAGGAAUAUAUUUUGCAAAACAUGCUACAUUUGCAGACAGAUACAGCCGGCGCAGCACAGAUCCAUUGCCACUGUGUGGUGACUUGACACAACAUGGUGAAGAAACCAAAAUCAUGUUUCUGGCUCGAGUGAUGAUAGGUACACCAAUUGUUGGACAAACUCAUUUCUUAAAACCUGACCAUGGAAGCUUGGAAAACACUCACAACAGUUGUGUUGAUGAUAUCAAUCAUCCCAAAAUUGUUGUUAUUUUUGACCCAAAUCAAAUCUAUCCAGAGUAUUUGAUUCAGUACAAAUAAAGUCAACCUUCACAUCCA